GCUUUCAAAAGUUCGUUCAAGAUUGGCAUCACUGCAUGGAUUUUGAGGAUUGCAAAAAUAUGUGCAUCACACCACCUAAUAUCAAUAGUUAUAUCCCAGAAGCGUUCAGUUUUCUGUGCUGGAACAAUUGCGAUCAGCAAUUGGGUCCCUUCCCGCUGAACAUUAAUUCAGCAUUGCGCCAAGGCUCGCUCGUGCUGACGAACAUUGCCUGGGAUCAGGCGAUUACGAAUGCAUCGAAACAGUGUCUGGUCACUUGGGAGGUCUCCGGAGGCGGUCUAAUGGGCAAUCUAUUGACUGAUAGUUCUACUGUUGAAUUAUCCCUUUGGCCAGAUACAGUAUAUCACGUACAAGUUACGUGCAAGCAUAAGGAGACUGGCGGCAUGCGACGUUCGUACAAACUGAUCGUCGACACGCACAAGCUGAGCGACAGCACUGUUACCGGCAUGCAAGCAAUCACCCUGGAAACGGGCAACAUGGCCAGCAAGGAGGGCAUGAUGCCGCAUUUGUAUGGCGCAGCCGGCGCGACGGACAUAGGCGCCAACUCGGGCGAAACGGACUCGCGCAUGCGCAUACUGAAAGACAGCUCCAAGGAUUUCCUCAGCCCCUACAAUCCAAAUGCCAACUUUGCAUCAUCCAGCCGCUCCAGCAGCAGCAGCAGUACUGCAACAACGUCAUCCACCACAUCGGACGCCACAAAGCCCGCUACCACCACACGCAGCCAAACGUCAAACGAACAACCCGCCCAUCACAAUUCCGUGUUGCGCGUCAAGCUGGCGAGCGAGCGGCCAGCGGAUUACCUCACAGCAAACCGCGUCACCGCCAUGAUUGGCUCCGCGCUGCUCUUCAUCAUGAUGUUCAUGAUCUACGCGGUGCUGCGGCGGAAAGUGGGGCACAAGCAGGCGCCCGCCGGUGCUCGCGCUCUCGACAAAGAGGUGCUCAUACACAACGAGCUGCUGCCAAGCCAAGUGCCCCAGCUAGCUAAGCAAGGCGCAGCGACGGCGGCAGCUGCAGCAGCGCCUAAAAAUACAACGACGUUGGCGGUGAGCUGCGGUGGACUGGCCGCAGCGGCGUCGAACUCGCAGACGUUGCAUGUGUAAAGUGAUCGCGCGCGGGCAAGCGGCGCAUGAGCGAAUGCCAUGCACAAUGGAUGCUGUAAAUAUUAAUUAUGUAUGUAGUAAUAUAAAUAUUUACAAUUAGGCUUUUGCUAAUUCAUAAUUCACUAAGCUAAUUUAAAUUUAUUAAUCAAAUAGAUGUGAUGUGAUGUACUAAAUGCUAAAGAGAACGUUUUGAUUUCUAUAUAUUUCGCCUCUGUAUGUGUACAUAGAUAGCUUAAGCUCAGCGUUACAACCAAUUAGGUAUAUUGAUUAGCUUAGCGCCCGAUUUCUGUUGUAUGUGUAUAAGGCUUUGCUCUACUUGGCGAAGAGCGAGGAACUUGAAGCGCGUGUAUAGCAAUAUUAGCGGUUAAGAGUACGUACAUAUAAAUAUAUCUGCGAGCGGUAGCCGAUUGGCGGGCAGUUUGGAGCGCGCGCAGAGUGCGGCAGGCGUUGGAAGUUUGGCAGCUGUGGAAGACAAAAUUGUUUAGUGCAAAAAAAAACGCACGAGUCUAGCCAAAAAUUCAAACCCCGCUGCAGCGUUGCCACCUCCGCCAAUUUGGUAGUAGCUUUUAAGCUUAGUGAACUAUUAGACUAAGUACUUUAUACCCACACACACUCAAAUACACAUGUAUAUGUGUGUGUUCUUGGUUUUAUGGAUAUUAUUUUUGUAAAUCGCAACUUAUAAUGACGAGUCCAAAUGUUAACGUCCAGUUUAGUUGUCGUCAUUUAGUGUUUUGUGUCCACAAAAAAAAAAUUGAGCGAAAGUAUGAGUCUCAAAAUGUUUGUAUGAAUGUUUUUUGUUUGAUGCCUAAACAGCGCAAUUGCAUGUGUGUUGAGUAGUUAUGUAUAUUAUAGGAUGUUUCUAGUCUCACUUAUGUUUUAAUAAUUUUUUUUUUUAUUUUGGUUUAGUUAAACCUGACGGAGUUUGAAAACUACACGUCCAAAUCACUCAAUUCUUUAGAAAAUCGAUGAUUAAUUUUUUUUGCAUUUAUCCAGACCUAAUAUCCAUUUUUAUAGCUCAAUAAAAAUAAAUAAAUGGACAGACCAACACCAGUGAACAUUUGUUUGGAAUUCCUUUUCUUACUAUCGCUUUAAGGCAGAUAUCAAAGUUCCACAUUUUUUUAAUGUUAAUAACAAAAGGAAUAAAUGAGAAGAAAUAAUAUUGGGUAGUCGAAAAACUUCGUGACGUUUUAUACAUCCGAAUCCAAAAGAACCUAACAAAAAUAUGUUUCAUUUUCAUCAAAUCUCUCGCUGUCCAUUCAUGAGCUAACCAAGGUGAUCGAGUUUUCUAUUUUUGGUCAAUCUGAGGUUCGGACAUCUUCAUCAACGAGACUUCCAGAACGAAAGGAAAGCAAUUACAUUUAUCAGCAUUUUCUGACAUGAAUCUCCCCAUUAAUGUACCUACUCUCAAACCACAAUUAAUUUUGACUAAAACAAUUGAAGUCAAUAUUUUUUAAGGAACGCAAAAUGGAACUUUGAUUCGACGUUAUCGAUGAAAUUGGUACUACCACGGAUAUGAAUCCGCACGUAAUGUUGCCAAAUCCAUACGCGUUUUUUCGACUAUCCAAUAUUUGAAAUAUUUGGGAAGAACACUUUUCUGCUUUUAAUAAUUUCAUUAGCUAAAUUUUUUCCUGAAAAUUUCCACGUCUAUAGGCUAGCAGCCUUAUUCAUAAAAAAUUAAGUAGCCUUACAAAAGGUUUAUAAAUAAAAAAAUGUAUGAAAGCAUCAAUUUAUUUAGCUUUUUAAACCUACUUUAUUUCCUCUGAAUAAGGCCAUAGGUAUUUAUCUGAAAUUAAAAAUGUUUCUUUUUUAGAGAGUUAAAGUUUUUCGAUUAUAUUUUUGUUUUUCAUUUGCAACCUCUAUUGUAAAAAAAAAAUAUUUCGAUGAAUGCGUUUUUACUAGCUUUUUUAACGUUGCACCUGCGCAGAAUUAAAUCUUGCAAUCAACUUUUUACCAACUUUUCGAUGUGCUAUAGACUUGUAACUUCAAACUUAUCUCAGAAUCCGAUGAAAAUGAGAAAUAUUGAAAACGAAUUAAUCCGCUAGGUGGCGCAGAUGUCAAGAUAUUUGAAUAGUCAGUAUUCAUGCUCCGAUAUGGUUCAUAUUUGGCAUACAUAUUACUUAAAGCGAAAAAAAAAUAAAUAACUCCACAAAAAAUUUAGCCGUUA